GACGCGGAAAGGAAUAGUUCAAGACAAGAAAUUUGGGAUUUUACUUUAUUUCUGGGUUAAACAGUCUUCCGAAAGAACAGUGCGCAAUUACGCACUUGGAGAGUUCUUCGGGAACUGGACCAUCUUGCAACUUUUCACCAAGAAUGACAGAAGAGAACAAGUCCGUGACAGAGCAUCCGCGCAGUCCGGCAGGCAGCGACAGCUCCAUGUCCCAGCAUGGAUCGGAUUCAGAGUCACCGACCUCUCCAGCGGGGUCCGACGCACAGGAGGCAGCGCGCCCGCCCGGGAUUACGCACAAACCGGAGGGCAGCGCGGAGGCUGAGCGCUUCCCCGCCUGCAUCCGCGACGCGGUGUCGCAAGUGCUGAAAGGUUACGACUGGUCGCUGGUGCCGAUGCCCACUCAAGGAGAGAGAGGACUGAAGAGCAAACCCCACGUGAAACGGCCGAUGAACGCGUUUAUGGUUUGGGCGCAGGCAGCGCGGAGAAAGUUGGCGGACCAGUAUCCUCAUCUGCACAACGCUGAGCUCAGCAAGACGCUGGGCAAACUGUGGCGACUCCUCUCUGAAACAGAGAAGCGUCCCUUUGUCGAGGAGGCCGAGAGGCUGAGGAUGCAGCACAAGAAAGACUAUCCAGACUACAAGUACCAGCCUCGGAGACGCAAGAGUACCAAACCUGGACAGGGGGACUGUAGACCUGGACUGGUCCAGCAGCAGCAUCAGCAGGGCUUGUAUAAAACAGAACCAGGGGUGGCCAGGCUGGCUGGCACAGGGGAAGUGCACCAUCAUUACCAUCUAGACCGAACAGGUCAGUCUCAUGGGCCUCCAACGCCUCCAACUACUCCGAAAACCGACCUCCACAUGGGGAACAAACAUGAGGGCCAGCGGCCUGUAGACAGCAGCACUGGCUCUGUUCCUCCCACCAGCCGUCAGAACAUUGACUUCAGUAACGUGGACAUCUCAGAGCUCAGCACUGACGUCAUCAGCACCAUCGACGGAUUCGACGUCCACGAGUUCGACCAGUACCUCCCUCCCAACAGUCACCACGGCUCCACUCUUCUAACCCCGCCAGAUACCAGCCACGGACACAACAACACCUCUGGAUCCUUCAUCCUGCCCAGCAUCCACUCUCACUCCCAUAGUGUCCCCACGUGGACACCCAAAAGUGGGACUUUCAGUGGAGUGCCACUGUCUUGCUCCAGUCGCGAUGGGCUCCACGAGGACACCAGCCCAAAACCUCAGAUUAAAACUGAGCAGAUGAGCCCAGGUCACUCCUCCUCCACUCCACCACCACCACAACCUGAGUACACCUCCCUCGGUUCGGGUAUCUGCCCUUCCUCCACUUCCUCCUCAUCCUCCACCAACCAAUCUGAAUACACUGACCUCCAAAGCUCCAGUUUCUACAGCGCCUUCUCCGGCUAUCCUGCCAGUCUGUAUCAGUACCCAUACUUUCACUCCUCUCGCAGGCCUUAUGCCACACCUCUUAUCAACAGCCUGGCCUUGGCACCACCUCCACACAGUCCGCCCUCUGGCUGGGAGCAACCAAUCUAUACAACACUCACCAGGCCUUGAAGAGGAGGAGAUGCUCCAGAAGUUUGCACUCAGAUUGGGACAGAACAGCAGCCUGCCUUAAUGACUUGUAAGAUAAACUUUGGAGAUUUGUUGACUUACAAGUUCAUUCUUAAGCUUUUCACCAGAUUUCUGAAGGACAGUGCUGCUAUCUGUUGGCUAAAGCUUUAUAUUGUGUAUCAAUAUAUUGUUACAUUUGUUCAUUUCCAUGGAGAGAAAUUCGUAAUAUUAACAAAGAUUCAGUGUUUUUAAUUUCUCCUGAGUGAAAGGGCCUGAGGCAUGACAUUUAAACCUGCACUGGACACUGAAACGUUCCAUUAAAACUCCCCACUAAUGACAUUUUGGUAUGUGAGUUGCACCUAUUUAGAAAAGGGAGUGUCAGGUUUAAAGCAGUUUUUCCACUUAAAGAGUGAAAUAGUUUCUUUUCCCUCACCUUCACAUCCAAAGUCAGCUGUGUUGCAUUUUGACUGAAUUUAAAGGAAUUCAUUUUUUUCACUUUUAUAGGGCAGAAUUAUGUGAAGUAAUGAAGCGUUAUGCUUUGAAUCAUAGGGACCAAGAGACUGUGCAUCUGUCUUCUUCUUAUCAGUGCAGGGUAUCAGUGUAGACCCAUUUAACAAGAAAUAAGAAUGAAAAUACAAGACCUAAGCUGUGUUCAGCCACAACUAAAUGUAGCAAACAAGGUUGUGUUACAUAAGUGCACUUUUAAUACCACAAGGUUUAACUCAGUCCAAUUCAAAGGGCUCUUUUGGCAUGGGAAACAUACAUUCACAUUGCCAAAGCAAUAAA